UUUUGCUGCUGCUGCUGCUGCUGCUUGUUGUUGUGUUUGCUGCUUGCAGCGGCAUUUAACAGUUAAUCAAGUUAUUAGUUUUGUCUGUUGUUGCUGCUAUUAAUCAGAGCUCUCCUGAUGUUGUGUUGGUUUUUUUAGUUCAACUUGAAAUAAAUUCUAUUGUUUACCAUCUUAAAAACUGGUGCUCUUCUUAUCAGUGGUUUUAUGUCAGCACCCACACAAGCAGGGAGAGGGAACGACAGAAAGAGACUACAACAAUGAAAUAUUCAAUGCUGUUGUUUUAUUCCAUACAUUCAUACUCAUCGAUUCUUUGGAUUUUAAAAGUAGUAACUGUGUUAAAUUCUCUUAUGGUUCGGUUAGCGUUAAAUGAAUCUCUUCUUCUAGUUCUUCGUGUUCUGAUUAUGGCCGAGAGGGAAUUAGAACUUGGCGUUUCAUAAUGUUUUCGCGACGCUUAUGAGUGGUGUUUUUGGUUUUUCUAUAAAACAAUUUGUCCAGCUUUGGGACAAAUUAGUUUGUUAACAAAUUCUAACCCAGCAUCUAGAGUGCAACCUCAAUUAAGGCUCAGCUGAAGCCAUUUAAUAAAAAAUAAGCAAAAAUUAAUUUUAAAUAAACAAACAAUCUUAAAAACAAACAAAAAUUUUCGAAAAAAGAACAAAACUUUAAAAAAUAUUCUAAAAGUGUCGUGCAAAAAUAUUAAUAAAACAUUUUAAAAAUAUGUUUAAAUUCUUUGGGGUUUUAGUGUUGACAGUGCAUUUAGUCCACAGUCAAAUUGGAUUUUCAUCGAUAACUUGCUCACAACGAAAUCCAAAAAUAGUAGGCGGUCUAGAGGCUGAUCGCAAUGAAAUGCCCUACAUUGUUAGUCUAACACGAAGAGGUGGUCACUUUUGUGGGGCUACAAUUAUACAUGCGAAAUGGGUAUUGACAGCGGGCCAUUGCAUAUGCAAUGGCUUGAAUAAAUUUAUGAAAGCCUCCCAAAUACAGGGUGUUAUGGGCUUGCAUAGCAUCUCUCAAUAUCUGAAUGGAAUACACAAUGAACGCAAUGGAGCAGCACCGGUGCAAGUGAACUUCAAGAACAUUAUACCCCAUCCAAAUUAUGAAUGCACGAAUCCGAAAAAUGAUAUUGCCUUGAUGGAAUUGUUGCAGCCCAUACUCUUUACCAAACACAUACAGCCUAGUUGUCUGAUCUCUGAUACGCAGCGAAACCAUGAAAAUGAAUUGGCCACCGUAGCCGGCUGGGGCUGGACCCAAGAAAAUCAAGCCGAAGGUGAUAGGGCUGACACUUUGCGCAAGGCUUCUGUGCGUGUCUGGAACAAUAACAUCUGUGAACGCUCCUACCAGUUGAAUGGCAGACCAAAUAGCGUCAUUACAGACAGCCAGAUGUGUGCUGGCUAUGAAAAUGGCGGCAUUGAUUCAUGCUGGGCUGAUUCCGGUGGUCCUUUGAUGUCCAAGGAAAACUUCCUAAUUGGUGUGGUGUCAACGGGUAUUGGUUGUGCCAGACCCGGUUUGCCUGGAAUCUAUACAAGGGUCAGCAAAUAUGUCCAAUGGAUGGAAUCUGUGAUAUUUUCCCGAUAGUUUUAAGCAUUUUAAUGUGAAUUGUUUGUGAUAAUAUAUGUGUUAACUUAUAUACUGUGAUAUUUGA